AAGGCAGAUGACUAACAGACUGAGCCACCCAGGCACUCCAGAACGAUGUUAAAUAUGGUAGUCUAUGAAGAUCUAACUAAGAAAUAAAGUGAUUGUGUGUAGACCUGAGGGAAAAGAAGGGAGUGUCACAAAGAUAUUUGGGGGGAAACUACCCCAAGAAGAAAAGCAAGUGCAAAGACCCUGUAUAUAUGGUAUUCUUUGACAUUAGCAAAGUGUAAAGUACAGCUAGAGUGGCAUAAGCAAAGGGUGAAAAGUAUGGAAGAGGCAACAGAGGUAGCAGAGGCAAAAUAUGAAGGGCCUUUUAAACCUCUGUAGGGACUCUCGCUUAUACUGAGAUGGGACCCAACAGAAAGUUUUGAGAAGAGGAGUGAUUUGACUUACAAUUUAACAGGAUCAUUGUGUUGAGAAUAAAUAAAACUGUGUUGAGACUAGGCAGGAGAAAGAACCUGAAGAGGGUCACCAAUUAGUAAUAAUCCAAGUAAAAAGAUGAUGUGGUCACAGCCAGAGUGACAGCAGUAGAGAUGAGAAGUGGUCAGUCUGGCUAGAAUUCAAAGUCAAAGUCAGAACUGCUAAAGAAUAGAAAAAUGUAAGAAAAAGAGGAGCCAAGAUACUAAUGCUGAAUUCCAGUGCCUUGUAUACAUGCAUGUACUCAAUAGAUUAAGAUUUAGUAAAUGACAACUGGCAUUUCCCCAGCUAGACUAUAAAUUCCCCUAACACAGCAUCUGUGUCAGAAUUCUAAUCCUUCCACCUCGAUUUAAUAGCAACAACAUUUUUGGCUAAAAUUGAGCACUUAACAUGUGUGGGGUAUGCCCAUACUAUGCUAAGUAGCUGGCAUGCACUGAGUCAUUAAAUCUUCACAACAUCCAAGCGAGUGUAGUUUACAUAGCAAGAAACUGAGACUCUACUAGGAGUUAACUCCCUAAGACACAUAACUGACAAUCAAAAUGCAGGCCGUCUGAAUACAGUUUGCUUUUAACCACUCUAUUACCCUCAACUUUUUCAAAAAUGGAGCAAUGACCCACUGUCUUAUUCACUAUCUUGGGCAAGUUACUUUUGUUCCAUGAAAUUUUGUCUUCCUGUCUGUCAAACGUACAUAAUAGUACACAUUCCCCACGCCGCGGUGAGACUACAUGAGGGUCCAUCGUGUACAGCACCCGCUCCAUAACUAGCAAUGCGGUUAACUUUAUUGAUGCUUGCGUAGCGCCGUGCACUAUUCUCAACUAUGCACGGGGCUCAGCUCAUUUAAUACAGCAACUUAUGCGGCAGAAAAUGUGACUAACCUAGUUUACAGAUCAGAAACUGAGGUGCAGAGGGGUUAAGGAACUUGGACCGGAUCACAUAACGAAUACUUGGCACACUACAAGUUUGGACCAGGAUAAUCUAACUUCAGGAUUUAUACUCUAAGCUCCCAGAGAGGUGAGUGAUUUCCUUGCUCCUUUUUACUGAAAAGGAGGCCACGGUCGACGUGGCCAAAAGCUCACUCGUAGGCCACCCGGCCACGGAGACUCCGCGAGUCAAAUGAAUGAGUGAAGCCACACCUAAGGUUAACCGCGGCCCCCGGCUGGGCCUCGGGGGCACCCGUAGCUCCGCGCCGCACUGGCACCUACCCCACCUCCACUCGCCCGCAGUCCCACCCGCUCGCCGGCCCUCCGUCACACACUCGACCCCAAAAGAGCCCGAGCCCGAGCCCAUGCCCCUGCCCCACAGGGGAAGAGGCUCCCGCGUGGCCGGCUCCCGAGUGGCGAGCACUAGCCUCCCGCGGGCUACGGCCCACUCGCCAAGGCGUGCCGGCCGCGGGACCCCGUCGUCGAGCCAUGCACAACGCCUCACCCGGCGACGCCAUUCCUCCGAGCAGGUCCCACCACCAGGGCCCGAGCCGCAGGCUGACUUCCGCUCGGGGAAGUGGCUCCAAGAGCGCGCCGGAGGGGACGCCAGGGACUCGCGGCAGGCUGCGCGUGCUGGGAUGGGAUCUAGGCACAGGAUCUGUAGUCAGGAAGAAGUAGUGAUCCCUUGUGCUUCUGACAAUGAUUCAGGAAGUGUGGAUUUGCAGCUGAGCAACUUAGAGGAUAUUAGAAAAGAUCCAAGUAGCCUUGAACUUACAGACUCCGACAUCUCUGACAUUGCUGGACUGUCUCGGGAUUCGCUCACAGAUAGCUUCAGGCACCUGACCCAAAAGGGCGCCCUCAGUGAGGCCGUUGUUGAGAGGCUAAUCCGAUCUAUCCAGGAGGUUUUUGAUGGUGAGCUACAGAGUGAACUUGAGAAGCUGGCAUUCCUACAAUCUUUGUCUUCUCUCAGCCGAACUUUACCUUACGAUGAAACCACAGAUUCAUUCAUUCACAACCACAUAGCAGACAUUGUGCGUAUCCUAAAUAUGCUGGUAGAAGAGGAGCCUGUGCAUUCUCUCUUCAGCUCCGUGCGCCAGGAGGUCUUUGUCACCAUCGCUGACCUCAGUUACCAAGAUGUCCACUUGCUAUUUGGCUCUGAAGAUCGAGCUGAUUUGUUCAGUCUUAUUACGAAAAGUAUAAUCACUCUGCCCUCUGUAACGACUCUUAUCCAGCUGCAGGAAAUCAUGCCAAGUGGGUCCUACAACACAGAGUGUCUCUACAGGCAGACAUUUCAAGCAUUCUCUGAGAUGCUCCAGAGUUUGGUAGUAAAAGACCCACAUCUGGAAAAUCUUGACACCAUUUUUAAGCAAAUGGACCCCUGGUUACGAUCAGCCAAAGACCAUGAGCGGGAAAGGGCCACAGCCAGCAUGGCGCAAGUUCUAAAGUGCUUAUCCGGACACCUCAGCCUGAAGCUUCCACUGCGAUUCCAAAGGCUUGGGCACCUAGUGGCUCUGAUGGCCCUACUGUGCGGGGACCCAGUGAAGCAGGUAGCUGAGGAGGCCGCAGAGGGCACGCACUACCUGCUGCGUAUCACCCUGAGGCUGAAGUAUGUCAGUCAUGAGAAGAAAAAUCACCCAAGCUUGAGAAGAGCAAUGAAAAAAUGUCGAGAACUCCUCGAACUCUACAGUAUUAAACGGUUCUACAGUUGUCCCUUCAAAAUUGCCCAGGUCUUCGAAGUUUUUCUCAAUUCCAGUGAGCUCUGCCAGUUUGUAAUGACUACGUUGGAUAGCCUCGAAAAUCUGAAACAUCCCUGCACCCAGCAAUCAGCAGGAGAAUUGCUGAUAACGUUGGUAAAAAAUGCGGAAUCCCGAUUUGAGAAGGUGCCAGAAAUUAUGGGAGUGAUCUGUGCCCGGCUCUCCAUAAUCAGCCAGCCUAAAGUCCGACGACAAAUCAUAAAUACUGUGAGUUUGUUUAUCUCCAGGCCCAAGUACACAGAUACAGUGAUCAGCCACCUUCUGUGUCAUCCAGUACCAUAUGACAGGCAUCUGGCUGAGGUGUGGAGAACUCUGGAGGUGGAACUGCCCAGCACUACCUGGAUUCUGUGGAGACUUCUGAGGAAGCUACAGAAAUGCCAUAAUGCGCCCACCCAAGAGAAGAUGGCCUAUGUGGCUGUUGCUGCAACAGAUGCCCUUUAUGAGGUGUUUGUGGGGAACAGGCUCCGAGCAGCUACAUUCCGACUCUUUCCUCAGCUUCUCAUGACACUGCUCAUCCAGAUACACCACAGCAUCGGUCUCACCAUGUCUGAUGUCGCCAUCCCAAGUGGCCUGUACUCGGAACAGGAAAUGUCUUCAGAGGUCACCCCUUUGUGCUUCGCCAUACAAGCUACAAAGACUCUCCUCCUUAGAACAUUGUGCUGGCAGGAAUUCAACAUCAUGGAAAAGAAUAAAGGAUGGACCCUCCUGGAAGGAAAAGAGUGCCAUCUUCAGGGAGUAUCUCUCCUUGCCAAUGCAUUGCUGGAAAGAAAUCACCUCCUUGCACAUAAAGUCAUGUACUUGUUGGUCCCUCUUCUUAACCGAGGGAAUGAUAAACAUAAACUCACAUCUGCAGGAUUUUUUGUGGAGCUUCUCCAGAGUCCAGUGGCUAGGAGACUACCCAGCAUAUACUCUGUCGUCCGCUUGAAAGACUGGCUACAUCACGGAAAUAGCGUCUUCAAAUUUCUUGCCCUAAAGGGACUGCGCUAUCUUAUCAAACACCAGGAGAUGAGGGAAGGCAUCAAGAGUCUGUUGCCGUGCAUCUUAGACCUCUUAUGUGAAACCGAUGAGAAGAUUGUUUUGUUGGCCAUCCAGAUACUCCUACAACUCGUUGGAACAAUGGAUUUCACCACCCUGACAGCCAUGAUGAAGACUCUGUUCUCCCUAUUUGGUGAUGUGAGACCUGAUGUUCAUCGUUUCUCCAUGACCCUCUUUGGAGCCUCCAUAAAGUCUGUGAAACACACAGAUAAGAAGGGUGUAGAGAAUCAAGUCCUGGACAGCUUGGUUCCACUACUUCUGUAUUCUCAGGAUGAAAAUGAUGCAGUAGCAAAGGAAAGCAGACAAGUCCUAACGAUAUGUGCCCAGUUCCUGAAGUGGAAGCUGCCUCCGGAAGUGUACUGCAAAGAUCCCUGGUACAUCCGCCCUAGUGAAGCUGGAGCAGUCUGCAAAUUCUUUGGAAAAAAAUGCCAGGGGAAAGUUAACCUCCUCGCCCAAACAUUGAUGUUCUCCAAGAAUGCAAAACUUCCUAUCAGAAGAGCAGCAGUCUUAUUUGUAGGACUCUUAUUAAAGUACGUGGAUCAAAAUGAGCUCAGGAUGAAGGGCACUGACUGGAUAGAGAAUGAUCUGAGAGAUCUGCUGGGUGAUCCUGAGCCCUCCCUCCGCAUCUUCGCCUCUCAGGCUCUUUUCCGAAUGCACAAGUUGGGGGCUGAACCAGACUCCAGGCAGUCCGUUUGCGGGUUGAGGAAGCUCAUGGGCUGUCUUCCUACUUAGAAAUACAAGGGGCUGUCUCAGUGUCACCUCAAGAGGAUCCCUGCUCAAGGGAGGUCUUCACAUUUGAGACUAGCAGUUAGAGGAGUUUUGAGCCAAGUGCAGACCCCAGCAGUCUGCUGAAUUAAAUCUUCACCCUUGAGCAGAGCCAAGAGGACACCCGGAGGAUGGACGCUGGAUGCUAAACUUCAGUGCACUGAGCACAUUUGAAUUGCUCAUUGGCCUCACUGCAUUAAACCACCUUCACUCUCCACUUUUGAACUAUCCAUUUUAUGGGUUAUUCAGUGAAAAUAACACUUACUGAAUGUUUACAAUGAGCCAGAUUCUAAGGACAUUAUAUGAUUAACUCUUUCAAUCCUCGACCACUCCAUGUAUGGUUCUCUCCAUUUUACAUGUGGGAAAACUGAGGGACAGAAGAUGAAAAUGACUUGCCCUAAGUCAUAUAACUAGUGAAUGCCGGGAUUCAAACUCGAGUCUGGCCGCAAAGUCCACACCCUUGGCUGGUCGGCUCUGCCCUUUUCUCCUCUACUCUGUCCGUCUAUGGUUAAUAAAUACAGAAC